CGGGCAGCUGCGGUUUCUGAACCAAAAUGAAGGUCACGCACGUGGCUCACCUCGUAGGCGCGUAUUCCAUUCACUGCAUGCCACGUGGUUCUCCUUUUCUCCAGUAUCGCCGACGUGGCUCUUAUAUGGCUGGUGUGGACAUGUUUAUGUUUCUACAUUAUGCUUAGAACCAGUUAAGAUUGUUUUUCCCUAAAAUUUCAGUCUAAUAAAUUCAUACCCUCUUUUUUCCCUCUCUUUCUCUCUCUCUCUCUCUCUUCAUCUGGGUCUCCUGUUUUCUCUCUCCUCUGCGCAUUGCUGAGACUCCCAAUGAACUACGCCAGGCUACAACCCAACAAAACCCCUUUCCUCUCCCUCUCUCCUCUUUUAAAUGACGAGAUUACCUCUUCUCACCGCUGCUAUCCCCGUCCUCUCUUUCAUCGCUGUCGUUUUCCCUCUUCUUCCGGCGACCUUAGCUCUCGGCUCUGCCUCCACGCUUGCUGUCAGCUACGGUUCCGCCACCGUCUGCGGCAUCGUCGCCGAGCAGCCCACGCAAAGGAUUCUCUGCUUCCGUCGCGGUCAAACCAUUUUUAUUGACCCAAAUAUCUCCUUCUCCGUCAUCUCCGGCGGUCGGGAUACCUUCUGCGGCAUAAGAGCCGGCGGCUAUACUCUUCUCUGCUGGGACUUUGAUCAAAAUACUGCUGCGUUUUCCCGGAGAAGGCUUUACUUCAACUCCACUGUCCUUCUCGAGAAUCUCGCCGUCGGCGCCGACCAAAUCUGUGCCACCGUGGUCGGCGCCGGCAAUGCAACUUGCUGGCGCGAUGGUAACAACUCCAUUGGAUUUUCUUCUCUUCAAUUCGAUUCAAUUUCUUCUGGGUUUGGAUUUUCUUGCGGAAUUUUGAAGGGUAAUCAAUCCGUUCGAUGUUGGGGUCGGAAUUCGUCGAUUGCGGCCCUAAUCGAAAAUGGGUUUCGAAAUAUCUCAAUGUCGACCAUCGUCGCCGGUGGGUUUCAUGCUUGUGGAUUGAAUAUCUCCGGUGGGUUGGUUUGUAGGGGGAACAACGAUUUUGGGCAGUUGGAUUUUCCUUCGAAUUCAUCCAGAGGGUUCUCUGAAUUGGCCCUCGGCGAACGCCAUAGCUGUGGGAUUUUGCUCUCGAAUCGAUCGGUGGUUUGUUGGGGAAGCUCAGAUUUCUCUGUGGAUUCAAUUCGAGAAACUUCUUUUGAGUUAAUUUCUUCGGGAUCGGAUUUCGUUUGUGGAUUAACGACGAGUAAUUUCUCUGUUCUUUGUUGGGGGCCUGGCUGGUCGAACGAUUCUUCUGGUCUUUUUUCACUUCCUCUUCCUAAGAUUCUUCCUGGUCCUUGUGUUCAAUCUUCUUGUCGGGAUUGUGGUGUCUAUCCUCUCUCUCAAACGCUCUGUUCUGAUUCUGGGAAUGUCUGUAAUCGUUGUUUGGUUACUGUUUCACCACCGUUUUUGCCAAUACCGCCUCCUCCGCCCUCGCCGCCGCCAAUGGUGGUGACCCCAUCACCUCCUCCAGCGGCAUUGAGAAAGGGUUUGCUGGCUUUUGCUAUUGUGGGCUCAGUUGGGGCCGUUGCUGGGAUUUGUACUGUUGUUUACUGUUUAUGGACUGGUGUUUGUUUUGGUCAUAAGAAGAUACACAACUCUGUUCAGCCGACCAUUACUCGAGCUGCUAGCUCAAAUGGUGGGACAACAACGUCAAACACGAACAACAGCCCGCCAUCACGGUCUUCGACGAUUCGGCGACAAGGGUCUCGAAUAAUGCGGAGGCAGAGGAGUGGUACGUCCUCGAAGCACGCCGAUAGAGCAGAAGAAUUCUCUCUGGCUGAGCUUGCUUUGGCUACCAAUGACUUCUCCCAUGAAAACAAGAUUGGUGAAGGGAGCUUUGGCAUUGUGUACCGUGGGAAACUCAGCGAUGGGCGGGAGGUUGCGAUCAAGAGAGGCGAAACGGGGCCAAAGACGAAGAAGUUUCAGGAGAAGGAGAGUGCUUUUGAUUCAGAAUUGGCGUUCUUGUCUAGACUUAAUCACAAGCAUUUGGUGAGGCUUGUGGGGUAUUGUGAGGAGAAAGAUGAGCGGCUUUUGGUUUAUGAGUAUAUGAAAAAUGGUGCACUUUACAAUCAUCUGCAUGACAAGACCAACUCUGAAAAGGGUAGCAGUGUUGUGAACUCUUGGAAAAUGAGGAUCAAAAUUGCUUUAGAUGCAGCAAGAGGAAUUGAAUAUCUUCAUAACUAUGCAGUCCCUCCUAUAAUCCAUAGGGAUAUCAAAUCAUCCAACAUUCUUCUCGAUUCGAAUUGGACAGCGAGAGUAUCCGAUUUCGGGUUGUCGUUGAUGAGUCCCGGGUCAGACCUUGAUUACCGGCCGAUGAAGGCAGCUGGGACGGUUGGUUACAUUGAUCCUGAGUACUAUGGACUGAACGUUUUGACUGCUAAGAGUGAUGUGUAUGGGCUUGGGGUGGUGUUGCUGGAGCUUUUGACAGGGAAGAGAGCUAUAUUUAAGGAUGAUGAGCAAGGAGGGACACUGGUGAGCGUGGUCGAUUUUGCAGUGCCUGCGAUUACGAUCGGAGAACUGGGGAAGAUUUUGGAUCCAAGAGUUGGGCCACCGCAGAUGAACGAAGCAGAGGCAGUAGAGCUUGUGGCUUACACAGCGAUGCACUGCGUGCGGUUGGAAGGGAAAGAUCGGCCAACGAUGAUUGACAUUGUUGUGAAUUUGGAACGAGCUUUGAAUCUUUGUGAUGAUAGUCAUGGCAACAGCUCUAGUGGUGGAAUUUCCAUUGUUUCAGAGUGAAAUUCUUCAAAAAUUCUUCACGAAAAUUUCAGAGAAGAGAACAAAAGUUUUGAGCUGAAAACAGCACCCCCACAAACCUUAUCAUUUCUUUCACUCUGCAACUCACAAUAUUUCAUAGAACCUUUCAUUUCACACUGUUUGUGCAUAUCUUUGUUCGGUACAACCGUUCCCGACCAAACUAACAGUUCAAGAUCAUGGGACCAUCACGAACAUUUUGAUCGAUAAAAAAACCACUAUGUUCAAAGAAUGUUGAGGAAACAUUAAGGACAUGCCAAUGA